AUGUGCUUUUUCCUCUCCGCUUGUCUGAAUGUGUUGCAGGGCUCCCAGUACGAGCUGAAAGAUAAUCCGGGUGUCCACCCUGCUACCUUUGCUGCCCACACCGCCCCCGGCUAUUAUCCCUACGGACAGUUCCAGUACGGGGACCCGGGGCGGCCCAAAAACGCCACCCGGGAGAGCACCAGCACCCUCAAGGCCUGGCUCAACGAGCACCGCAAGAACCCCUACCCCACCAAGGGCGAGAAGAUCAUGCUGGCCAUCAUCACCAAGAUGACUCUCACCCAGGUCUCCACCUGGUUCGCCAACGCCCGCCGGCGGCUCAAGAAGGAGAACAAGGUGACCUGGGGCUCCAGGAGCAAGGACCAAGAAGAUGCAAACCUCUUCGGGAGUGACAAUGAGGGGGACCCCGAGAAGAACGAAGACGAUGAGGAAAUAGACCUGGAAAGCAUAGACAUAGAUAAAAUCGACGAGAACGAUGGGGAGCAGAGCAACGAGGAAGAGGAGGAGAAGCCCGAGCUCCUGAGACAAAGCAGUGAAGAGGACCACUUGGAAAAGGAGAAGGAUUUGGCACUGUCAGGGUCUGAAGGGCUGAAACCCAAAGACGCGCUGGCCAUGGUGAAGGAGGCCUCUGACAACAGCACGCGAAUCAUCAGUCCCGGGGGACAGAACAAUUUACAGAUGCCCUCUCACAGCAAACCCAAGAUUUGGUCUUUGGCAGAGACGGCAACCAGUCCCGACGGUGCCCUGAAAUCCUCCCCCCCUCCGCCCCCUCCUCCCCAGGUUAACCACACCUCCCCACAGAUCCAGCACCCCGCUUUUCUCCCUAGCCAUGGACUCUACACAUGCCAGAUUGGCAAAUUUCACAACUGGACAAAUGGGGCUUUCCUCACUCAGAGUUCCCUGCUCAAUGUGAGGUCCUUUUUGGGAGUAAAUCACCACCACGCUGCUCAUCACAAUCACCACCUCCAGGCCCAGCAACAGCCUUCUGUGUUAACAGCAACCCUGGGAGCCCUAAGCAGUGAAAAACCUUCAGAGAGGACCAGUCCCAAACACAUAGAAAGAGAAAAUGUACCAAGAACUGAAUCCCCACCUCAGCCGCUAAAAUCGCCCUUCCAGCCUGUCCGUGACAACUCUUUGGCUCAGCAAGAGGGAGCACCGAGAAUUUUAACAGCUCUCCCUUCCGCUUGA